GAGCAGGGGCCACAGUGUGGAGUUUGUUUCAGCCGGAGACACCGAAAAAAAGUUAGCAGCGGAUUUUCUCCCCCCUCUCCGUCACUUUUUCAUCACUGGUGUCCGACCUGCAGCAGCAUCCCACAGGAGCGUCAUCUUCAUCACCUUCAUCAUCAUGGCAAAUAAAGCACAACAGCCUCCUCACCUGCACCUGGCCGAGGUCACCGCGUCCCAGUUCCUUGAUAUUUGGAAACAUUUCGAUGUGGACGGAAAUGGAUACAUCGAGGGGAAGGAGCUGGAGAACUUCUUCAGGGAGCUGGAGACGGCUCGGAGAGGAGCAGGAGUGGACCCAACAAACCCCACAUUCAGAGAAAGGAUGAAGGAGUUCAUGCAGAAGUUCGACAAGAACAAAGAUGGGCGCAUCGAGAUGUCAGAGCUGGCCCAGAUUCUUCCCACUGAAGAGAACUUCUUGCUCUGCUUCAGACAGUUUGUCAGCUCCAGUACUGAGUUCAUGGCGGCGUGGAGGCGAUAUGAUACAGAUCGCAGCGGCUACAUUGAAGCGAAUGAGCUGAAGGGCUUUCUGUCAGACCUGCUGGAAAAGGCAAACAGACACUAUGAUGAACAGAAGCUGCAGGAGUACACACAGACCAUACUCAGGAUGUUUGAUCUGAAUGGAGAUGGAAAGCUGGGUCUCUCAGAGAUGGCAAGGCUCCUCCCUGUCCAGGAGAAUUUCCUUCUUAAAUUCCAGGGUGUGAAACUGACCUCUGAGCAGUUCAAUUCCAUCUUCAAUUACUAUGAUAAGGACGGGAAUGGCUACAUUGAUGAGCAAGAGUUGGAAGCUCUCCUACGAGACCUGUACCAGACCAAGAAGGAUGUGGAUGUGAAUAAUCUGAUGGGCUACAAGGAGAGCAUCAUGAGCCUGUCCGACGGUGGGAAGCUCUACCGCGGAGAGCUGGAAAUCGUCCUCUGCAGAGAGCCAAUUGUGUGACUUCUUCCUUCUCUUCAUUUGCAUAUCUU